AUGGUCGAAGCUAGAUCUACUUUUGCCCUCCCGAAUCGUCUCACACAAAUCGCGCUCUAUCCUCAUCAAAACACAUACCUCAACGAAAACUGUGGACGUCAGGAACUCGACUUCUUCCCUUACUAUACCAGAGAAAACUGUCUCGAAGAAUGCCGCUACAAGAACAUCGUAAAAACAUGCAAAUGCGUUCCGCCUUAUCUUCCGAAUUACAAGGACUUUCCUCCGUGCAAAUUUCGAACACAUGCAAUGUGCAUUUCACCCCAAUUUAUGCUUUACAACUUCACAGAGUGUUCUUCAUGUCCCCGAGAAUGCGUCGAGAGUGUUUUUACUCGUAACGUCGAAUAUGGAAAAUACCACGAGCCAAUUUAUCGAACACUGGCCAAGUACAGCGUCUCACAGGGAGCUCACGGAAUCGAUAUCGCUGCUUUUCAAAUUUUCUUUCCUCAGCUUGUUAUCACAAAACGACACCAACGAAACGAGUAUAACCUCAGUCAAUUCUUCUCUGAACUGGGUGGCUCUACUGGACUCGUUCUUGGAAUAAGCUUUCUAUCGAUCAUCCGAUUUAUGGACGAUAUUGUAUCUGUUAUAAGCCGGCGAAUUCGGGCGAAGUUCAGAAAGUUCUGCAAAUGCUAUUUUGGAAAACCUCCUGAUCGACCACGAUCUCGCUCAAUUCAGACCUUGGCGAUAGGAGGCUCGAUCCGAACCCAGCCACAAAAAGAUAUGUCUCCUCUUCAGAAUCUUUAA